AUGGGCGACUACAGCAUUCAGAAGGAAGCCGAGCGGAUCUUCCGGGAGGUUUUAUUGAAAGAUGAACGGCUCGGUCUGCCGUCGGAGGUCCACGAAGCGGCAUCCCGUACCAUUAUCGACACUGCCACCACGAUCGCGAAGCCGUUCCUCCCGGCGCCAACCAAGGCCAGUGAAACCAGCACGGCACUGUGGGCUUUACUAGCAACAUAUGGCAAUGCAAUUACCAAGCACCGCUUCGGUGUCGAGCAAUCAGUGACAGUGAACAGCGAUGUAGCUACCCUGUUCAUAUUCGCCUUCAUGCUGGUUAAGCUUGGGGGGAAGUCGAUCACAGAUCCAGAAGUUGUUCCACGGUAUCAACGUUACGAUCUUCACCUCCAACACACUCCCUGGCGGCGGCUAUGCACGAACGUCUACCCGACGAGGGAUGGAAGGUGGUUUCAUACGCAUGGCAGUCUCGAUGCAACCAAGACUCUACAGAUGUUAGGGCUGCCAACUCAUGAUCCAGAGAAGGAUGAGACGGAGAUUAUUAGGAGGUACUGCAAAAAGGUCAGCGAGUUCGAUGCAGAAUGGCUGGAUCUCGAGGCCAACGAGCACUGGCGACAAUCAGGAUGCAUAGCCCUAACCAAGGAGGAAUACUUAGCAAGCGAACACGGAAGAGCUGUCGCGCAUGACCCCGUCUACGUCAUCGAACAUUUCCCAAGUGCAAACUUGCCACCGAUUCCAUGGCCAAGAUCGGAUACGGAGACUUUUCGACCACUAGAGGGCAUCAAGAUACUCGAUCUGACGAGAGCCAUUGCCGGACCAACAAUCGCAAGACUCGCCGCACUAUUCGGCGCGACUGUUCUACGAAUCUCAAACGACCAACUAGCUGAAUUGGGAGCCAUCCUAGUGGAGAGCAACAUUGGCAAACGAGAUGUGAACUUGGACCUCAAGUCGGAUGAUGGAAGACAGGCUCUUCUAAGACUUCUUGAAGAUGCCGAUGUGAUUCUUGACGGAUUCCGCCCUGGUGCACUCGAUCGCCUAGGUUUCGGCCCCAAAUAUGUCCACGAACUGGCUCGGAGACGUGGAAGGGGAAUCAUUUAUGCGCGUGAGAACUGCUACGGUUGGAACGGACCAUUAUCCCAUCGCAGUGGAUGGCAGAUGAUCAGCGACGCCGUGGUCGGUCUAUCUUGGGAAAUGGGCAGGUUCGUCGGCCUUGAUGAGCCCAUUGUGCCGCCGCUACCGAAUGCGGAUUUCCAAACUGGACUUAUCGGAUGUCUGGGUAUCAUGAAUGCUUUGGAUAGAAGGACUAGAGAUGGAGGGAACUACCUCGUAUCCAUGUCACUUAAUCAAUACAAUAGUUUCCUCUUAUCGGUUGGAUCCCAGGAGCCCAACAUUCAGGAUGGUUUGAAGGACAAAUGGAAGGAUUUGGACUUUCGGCAUUACGAUAAUAUGAACAGAAUUCUGCGGAAGCUCAUACCUGCUUUUCGAACGAAAGUACCUGAAUUGUUCGUAGCGAAGAACUUUACGAAGAUCAGUGCGGAAUGGGGCAAAACGCACGAAGAGAUGGAGAUCCUGGUGCCGGCUGUUCGCUAUGAGCAAACGAGAUUGCUUUAUGACCUUGGAAGUUGCGAGAAAGGUUUACACAGAGCAGAAUGGCCUGCAUGA